AUGAUAUGUAUCUAGCAAAUUAAAGAAAAACAUUAUCUCCAGGCAGUGGUAGCAAGGAAACUAAAGUGCGAAAGCAAAAACAAAGAAAGAAAUGGAUGGGGUGACGCAAUUGGCACUUCCAGUGCUGGGAAUUGUAGCAGCAGCAGCUGUUACCUUUUAUGCAGUUAGCUUUGCUGAGCUAAGAGAGAAAUCUUUAAGAGAUUUAGAAGAUUCAGAGAAUGAAAAUGGAGGAUUUGAUUCUUCUCUAAGCUCUAGGAAAAGGCGUGCAAGAAGAAAAGCAGAGAAAGACGCCAAAAGUUGACUGUAGUUUCACUCAUGCAAAAAUGCUUUUGCUUUUACUUGGUUGAUUUUACAAUUACUUAUGGAAUUCGAAUAAACAUGCCCUUCUUUUGCAUCAAAACAAAUUCCCUUUGGUUACUGUAAGUUGUAUAAUUCUGAGCAUAUGCUGACAUUAUAAGCUUAAAUCCUGUUACAUUAGAAAACAAGGCCUUUUUGGCUAACAAAUGUAAUUUGCAACCCAUCCUUAAAUCCCACUAGAUGAGAUGCUUCUGUGUAUCUCAGGACUGUAAUUUCUAGAAAACUAGCUGUUGCAGCUGCAAUUUAAUAGGAACUGGAUUUAUUUUUUUGAUCAUA